UCAAUGCUUUGACUUUUGUUUCCUUUCCUUUAGUGGGAGGUUUUAUGUCUUUGGGACCCAAUUGAUAGAUAUAUGAAAGAGACAUAAUAGAGGCCACCCAUAUCUUUAGUUUGCCAUCUUACUCCUAUCUCCCUUACAUUUGCAUGUUCUGCUAUCAAAUCCCUUUAAUUUCUUCCAAAAUCAGCAUUUAAUGCUCGUUUGUCUUGCUUAAAAUAUUUAUAUUAGUACACAACCUUUAUUCAGUUCCGGCCAACAACAAUUUUCAUCUUCAUUGAAUCAGUCCUUCAAAUAUUAAGAGCUGACGGGAAAUUAAUGUUCAUAUAUUCCUUUCAAAUGUCAAUUAUCAAAGUCACUUUCCUCAUAAUUUUCCUUCUAUUCCAUGCAUGUAAUGCUCGCUCACUUGGUGUCCUGAACAAGAAUGAGGAGAAAUCAAGUGUUGCUAGGGUUUUCAAUACUACAUCGGAUGUAAAAGCAAAACCCUCAACAGCACAGCCGAUAAGUAGUGUCAAGGAAAAUGAAAAAGAUCAGCUGAAAGGCAGUAAAAGUAGUACUAGUAGCAAUUAUGGUGUUUCAGUUUCUUGGAGGGUUCAUCACCAAAAAAGGGAAGAUCCACCACCUGAGUUUAACUUGGAUUAUUUACCAGCAAGAACUCACCCUCCUGUUCACAAUUAAUUAAGUGGAUGAUCAACAUUUUCUGAGUCUAACAUAUAAGUAUGCAUUUUGGAGGAAGUUUUAUCUGAAAACCAGAUGAGUAUUAACUUGACAGCCUUUUCAAGUAGUUCCUGGGUUCUCUUUAUACAUUUUGAUGGCUGAUAUAUAGUUAUCCCCCUGAACUUUUAUAACUAUUCCAUAUUAAUUAGAGUACCACUUUGCAUGCAGACUAUGUUCUAUGUAAUGUAUAUUCUCCUUAUAAUGCAAAA